GAUGUCGGCUGCAGCUGACAGGCUGAACAAAGAGGAGAAGCAGGAGGAGGGGUAACAGGAGUUCUUUGGAGGUGGUCAGUCAUAGCAGCAGUGGAAGGAGUGGAGCGAGUUCUUAUGCAGCAGCUCGGCCUCUUUCUCGUCUCCAUGGAAACGGCCUGUUGAUCAGAAGAGUGUCCAGGUGUUGGUGAAUGUUGAAUCAGCUGCUCUGACCUCAGGAACAGAAAGCAGUUCUGAGAAACAGGAUGAGGUCAACUGAGGCCUGAAGAUCUGAACUCCGAUCAGGUUUCUGUCCCCAGCCUCCAACAGCCUUGGACAGAAGAGGUUGUGGUUAUCUUCUGAGUUUUGCAGCAUGAGUGUGGAUGAAGAUGCUCGCUGGCUGGAGUGGGUCACCAAACAGUUUGAAAGCAUUGCUGGAGAUGACAAAGAGAUCAACCUCAAUGAGUUUAAAACAGCCCUGAAAGUCAGAGAGUCUUUCUUUGCCGAGCGGUUCUUCUCUCUGUUUGAUUCGGACUCCAGUGGAUCCAUCAGUCUGGAAGAGCUUCUAAAAGCUCUGAACUUGCUGAUCCACGGCAACGAGACCGACAAGCUGCGGUUCCUGUUUCAGGUCUAUGAUGUUGAUGGCAGCGGUUCCAUCGACCCAGAUGAGCUGAAAACGGUUCUGAAGUCGUGUCUGUGUGAGAGUGCCAUCUCUCUGCCAGAGGAGAAGCUGGAUGACCUGACCCUGGUUCUGUUUGAGUCAGCUGAUAAGGACAACAGUGGCUCCAUCACCUUUGAGGAGCUUAAAGCAGAGCUGGAGAAUUUUCCUGAAGUGAUGGAGAACCUGACUAUCAGUGCUGCUAAUUGGCUGAAGCCCCCAGAUGCGGAUCAGAAGAAGAAUAAGACCCCUCGGUAUCUGACUCUGACCUACUGGCAGAACAACAGCCGGAAGCUGCUGUUCCUGUGUUCCUAUGCUCUCCUGAACCUGCUGCUGUUUAUCGGCGCCGUGCUGCAUCACAGCUAUGGAGGAGGCUGGUUCAUGCUGGCCAAAGGCUGCGGACAGUGUCUCAACUUCAACUGCACCUUCAUCGUGGUGCUGAUGCUACGACGCUGUCUAACUUGGCUCAGAGCCACCUGGGUGGUCCGAGUCCUACCUCUGGACCAGAACAUCCUGCUGCAUCAGAUUGUGGGCUAUGCCAUCCUAUGCUUCACUGUCGUGCACACUGCUGCACACGUCGCUAACUUUGCCUGGAUGUCACGCAGAGGGGAAUUUGGGCUGUGGGAAUACCUGCUGACCACCAGGCCCGGGAUCGGUUGGGUGAAGGGGACGGCGUCGCUGACCGGAGUGGUGCUGCAGCUGCUGGUCUUUCUCAUGGUGUUCUGCUCCAGCACCUUUGUCCGGCGCAGCGGACACUUUGAGGUGUUCUACUGGACUCAUCUGUCAUACAUCUGGGUUUGGAUCCUCCUCAUCAUUCACUGUGCAAACUUCUGGAAGUGGUUUGUGGUGCCAGGUCUGGUUUUCCUGCUGGAGAAGAUCAUCGGAGUCGCCGUGUCUCGAAUGGGAGGACUUUACAUUGUUGAGGUCAACCUUUUGCCGUCCAAGGUGACUCACCUGGUGAUCAGACGCCCUCAGGUCUUCCACUUUAAACCUGGAGACUACAUCUACAUCAACAUCCCUGAAAUUGCCAAGUACGAGUGGCACCCGUUCACCAUCAGCAGCGCUCCAGAGCAGUCGGAAACCCUGUGGCUCCAUGUGCGCUCCAUGGGCCAGUGGACCAACCGUCUAUAUGAGUACUUCAGGCAGCCGGAGAGCCAGAUGUUUCGUCAGAAGAUCCUGAGUAGCAACCUGAGAAAACGCCGGCAACAGGAGGAGAGGAAAAAGACGUUCUCCUCAGAUUCUUACGGAACUGUGGCAUAUAACCAGGACAGAUCCAUCCAGCUGAUGAAGUUCUGUCAAAAUGGCCCACUGUCUGGAACAGAUCCAAACAUGGAGUCAGGAGAUCAAAAAAACCCAAGACCUCCCCUGGAUCAACCAGAGUCAGCAGAGAGAGGAGAAGCCCCUCAGCUUAGAGAGGUUCCUGCAAACCACCUGUUCUGCUACAUCAAGUGUUAUGUAGAUGGACCAUAUGGAACUCCGACUCGGCAGAUCUUUGCCUCCGAACAUGCGGUCCUGAUCGGAGCAGGAAUUGGGAUCACACCUUUUGCCUCCAUCCUACAGAGCAUCAUGUACAGGUACCACAUGAGGAAACACAACUGUCCCAGCUGCAGCUACUCCUGGUGUGAAAACAUCAAAGAUAAUGACAUGAAGCUCCGCAAAGUCGACUUCAUCUGGAUCAACAGGGACCAGAAAUCCUUUGAAUGGUUUGUCAGUUUACUAACCAAACUGGAGCUGGAGCAGGCUGAUGAGGAGCCAGAUGGUCGCUUCCUGGAGAUGCACAUGUACAUGACAUCAGCGCUUGGUAAGAAUGACAUGAAGGCCAUCGGCCUGCAGAUGGCCCUGGACCUCCUGGCUAAGAAGGAGAAGAAAGACUCCAUCACCGGCCUGAGGACCAGAACCCAACCGGGCCGACCCCAGUGGGAGAAGGUGUUUCAGAAGCUCUCUGAGGAGAACAAAGGGAAGGUGCACGUGUUUUACUGCGGUGCUCCAUCUUUGGCUAAAGCCAUUAAACAUCAGUGUGAACGCUUCGGCUUCAAGUUCUACAAAGAAAACUUCUGAGGGACCAAAGCAUGAGAGGACAAACCCAGGAGGUCAAGACUGGACCUUAACUGGUCCAAAACAAGCUCCUCAGAAACCCUGAGUUAAAAUCAAAGUUGUGGUCAGAGUUCUGAGAGUGGUUGGGUGAUCAUGAUAGAGAGGGUUGGAGUGAGUCAUGGGGGUGAUGGUAAUUAGUUAUACUGUGGUUAGAGUUGGUUAGGGUUAGUUAUGCCAUGGCUAGUGAGGGUUAGCUAGUUAUACCAUGGUUAGUGCUGGUUAGUUAGUUAUACCAUGGCUAGUGUGGGUUUGUUUGUUACACCUUAGUUAGUUAGUGAGGGUUUGUUAGUUAUACCUUACUUAGUUAGUUGGUGAGGGUUUGUUAGUUAUUCCAUAGUUAGUUAGUUAUAUCAUGGCUAGUGUGGGUUAGUUAGUUAUACCAUGGUUAGUGAGGGUUUGUUAGUUAUACCUUACUUAGUUAGUUGGUGAGGGUUUGUUAGUUAUUCCAUAGUUAGUUAGUUUGUUAGUUAUAUCAUGGCUAGUGUGGGUUAGUUAUACCAUGGUUAGUGAGGGUUUGUUAGUUAUACCUUACUUAGUUAGUUAGUGAGGGUUUGUUAGUUAUUCCAUAGUUAGUUUGUUAGUUAUAUCAUGGCUAGUGUGGGUUAGUUAGUUAUACCAUGGUUAGUGAGGGUUUGUUAGUUAUACCUUACCUAGUUAGUGAGGGUUUGUUAGUUAUUCCAUAGUUAGUUAGUUUGUUAGUUAUACCAUGGCUAGUGUGGGUUUGUUAGUUAUACCUUAGUUAGUUAGUGAGGGUUUGUUAGUUAUUCCAUAGUUAGUUAGUUAGUUAGUUAUGCCAUGGCUAGUGUGGGUUUGUUAGUUUUACCUUACUUCGUUAGUUAGUGAGGGUUUGUUAGUUAUACCUUACUUAGUUAGUUAGUGAGGGUGUGUUAGUUAUUCCAUAGUUUGUUAGUUAUAUCAUGGCUAGUGAGGGUUAGUUAGUUAGUUAGUUAGUUAGUUAGUUAGUUAGUUAGUUGGUUAGUUAGUUAGUUAUACCAUGGCUAGUGUGGGUUUGUUAGUUAUACCUUACUUAGUUAGUUAGUGAGGGUUUGUUAGUUAUUCCAUAGUUAGUUAGUUAGUUAUACCAUGGCUAGUGUGGGUUAGUUAGUUAUACCAUGGUUAGUGAGGGUUUCUUAGUUAGUUAGUUAGUUAGUUAGUUAUGCCAUGUGUAGCGUUGGAAAAGAACAACAAGGUUAUUUAUCUACUGUAAUGUAAAAGGUCACCAGACAUUGAUUUCCACAGCCUGCUCCAUUAAGGGUUAACUGUGUGCUUUUCACCUCAAGGCUGUCUGUAACCUUCAUGAAUUCCUUCUCUUGACUCCGUUAUCUGAGCUGCAACUCCAAGGCCCACGCAGAAGACGAGACUUUACACUUUGAAUAAAGUGAUUCUUAGUUUGGUCUCAUAAUGAUUUAUUUCAAUCCACAGGUUGUUUACAUCACAUUCUGUGUUAUCUACAAUGAAUGUUCUAUCUAAAGUCAUGUAAUAGUUAUUAAUUAUUAUCAGUUACAUCCACAUAAUAUCAGUAUGCUAACAAAUGAGUGUUUAACAGAUGUACUUCAUAUUAAGCGGAACCAGCCUCUUCUGAAUGUCUGAAGAAUGUGUGACGUCCGAAGGUCUUGGUAAACACCUAGACACAUUUAUCAGAUCUGAUUGGUCAAAGUUUAUAAACAAGCACUUCUUAAAAGUGAACUCACUUCCGGUUUUCCCCAGUUCAGCCAGAGCUCAGGCUAAGUGACUAUCCUGUGGGGAAUAAACCAGAUUAUUCAGUGGAAUAAUUUUGGCAGCUUAAAGAACCUUCCUAGUUUUUUUUAUCAAUCAAUUAUUAUUUGCUCAAUCCACCACCCACUCAUCGGAUGUGAAACCAUCCACCAGAAGCCACCUGGGGAGUACCUUCUGACCAGUCGUGCAUACGCUGAGGGUUUCUACGACCUUCAGAUACAUCAGAAGUCCACGCACUCGCUCUGAGAGACGGAUCCAGACCAGAUCCUCGAGAACGUCCACUAUCCUGGUGCGCUGGCUCCACGAUGGCAUCAGAGUGGUUGAUAUUAAUUUGAUAACUUGUAUAAUUACAUCAAACAAACAGCCAAAUGUAUUUUAUAAUCCCAGACAUCACACCUUUCUGAGACACUUAGAGAAGCUCAAGGUCAUGUUUCAUCAGAGUUCAUUCAUUCUGUCAUUUAGUAUCACUGUGAAUCACCAGUUAUAAUCAUUUGUCUUUCGUCAUCAUUGAUAGAAAUAUAGUAAAAAAAAUUGUUAUAAACUAUAUUUUUGUCUCUGUGUUAAAUUAUUAUAAAGUGUUGUUUCCCUGGAUUAACUAAAAUGCCCAGUUUCAUCAGCAAUG